GUACAUUUACUAUAUUACCCCUACCUUACCCACUCUGCUCCAGCCGGACAACAACCAAAAGUACAAGCUCAGCGAAAGGCCAUCUAGCGCCCUUACUCUGCCCGUCAUUGAUGCUCGUGGUGUAGAAACAAGACAGAGAGAGAUAGAGAGAGAGCGAAGAAAAUGACUCUGAAAGUGUAUGCAGAUCGAAUGUCCCAACCGUCGCGCGCAGUUAUCAUUUUCUGCAAAUUGAAUGGGAUAGACUUUGAAGAAGUGAGAGUCGAUCUUUCCAAACGCCAGCAUUUAACUCCUGAAUUUCGAGAAAUCAAUCCCAUGAAGAAACUGCCUGCUAUAGUGGAUGGAAGGUUUAAGCUUUUUGAGAGUCAUGCGAUUCUGAUCUACUUGGCUUGUGUUUUUCCUGGAGUUGCUGAUCAUUGGUAUCCAGCUGACCUUUUCAAAAGAGCAAAAAUUCACUCGGUGUUGGAUUGGCAUCACUCAAACUUACGUCGUGGUGCAGCUACAUAUGUAUUCAAUUCCGCUCUUGCACCUGCACUUGGGAUGCCUUUGAACCCAGAAGUGGCAGCUGAAGGCGAGAAACUCCUUUCAGCCUCUCUUGCAAAGAUUGAAUCUGUCUGGCUCAAGGGAAAGGGACGCUUUUUGCUGGGAAGCUUACAACCUUCUAUUGCGGAUCUUAGUUUGGUGUGUGAGAUCAUGCAGCUUGAGGUUGUAGAUGAGAAGGAUCGUGAAAGAAUAUUAGGUCCCCACCAAAGAGUUUUGAAAUGGAUUGAUGAUACAAAGAAUGCAACACAACCAUAUUUUGAUGAAGUGCAUUCAAUCCUUUCCAAAGUUAAAGAGAAACUGAAGAAGCUGCAAGCUGAACGAGGAGUAAGUGCAAAUGAGUCUAUAGGAAGAACUACUUUGCACUCUAAAAUGUGAAUGCACCCUGGCAAAAAAUGGCUGUAAUAUCAAAGUGGUUAAGUAGCUGCUCUUUAUGUUGUCUGUUAGCUGAAUCCAAGAGUAAAGACGGAUCAUCUUGCGUGUAUAAAUACCCUGCUGAUAGUUUUGUUGUCGUAUAUGAAUUCAAUAAAAGAUCCUUUCUGCAAAUUUUUCAUAA